CUGGGUGGCGAGUUGUGGACAAUAUUGCGUGAUCGUUGUAAGUUCGAUGAUGCCACCACACGCUUCUACACCGCCUGCGUGGUGGAGGCUUUCCAAUAUCUGCACUCACGCAACAUAAUCUAUCGUGAUUUGAAACCGGAAAAUCUGUUGCUCGACGAGAAGGGCUAUGUUAAGUUGGUGGAUUUUGGUUUUGCUAAGAAAUUACAGUCGGGCCGCAAGACGUGGACCUUCUGCGGUACGCCAGAGUAUGUAGCGCCUGAGGUGAUAUUGAAUCGGGGACAUGAUAUUAGCGCUGACUAUUGGUCACUGGGUGUGCUGAUGUUUGAGCUGCUGACCGGCACGCCACCAUUCACCGGUUCGGAUCCAAUGCGUACCUACAACAUUAUCUUGAAGGGUAUUGAUGCCAUCGAAUUUCCGCGCGAUAUUACACGCAACGCCAGCAACCUAAUUAAGAAACUGUGCCGCGAUAAUCCAGCUGAGCGUUUGGGCUAUCAGCGUGGUGGCAUCAGUGAAAUACAGAAGCAUCGGUAAGUGGUGGUGUUGGCUGCAAAUGUUUUUGUUAUUUUUUUUUUAUUAUUAUUGCUGAUUCCAUAAAGUCGAGCAAUAUGUAUUGGGGUGUUAGCUGAGCAGGUGAAGACGUGUACGUCGGGGUCGAGUUUCGAUAAAUAUGGGUCCAGUCGCCUGCAGUAACCAGACGUUAAUUGGGUCAGGUGGUGAUGGACUCUCUGUGAAUAUCGUUUAUGGCUUAUCCACACUUCGUCACGUUUAAUGGUUGAGUCGCUUCAACCCUCCAAUUUGUUUAGGCUCUGUUAUUCCUAAAUAAAGCCAUAGGCUAAAAAGCUCGCAGACGCAAGUUUAAGAUAAAACAGUGAUCGAGUAAAUUUCUUGCUCAUACGAAUACCCUUAGAAGAAAAUAUUUAAUAGUGAACAAACUAGGCUUAGGUGACUAUGAGGGCAAUUCUGGCAACUAUCUUGAAAGCUCUUUUCUUUCGUCAAUUUUAUUGUGGCGUAUUAAUAUUUCCUGCAAUAGUGUUAUUGAGCUUUGAACAACGAUUUUGUUGCUGCCUUUGUACAGGGUUCGUUCCCUGCUGAAGUCUUGAAAAAGAAGUCUGAUACUGGCCUAUAAGGAGAAAUGGUGAUCUCCGACAUAGCUACAUAGCUACAACUUCUACCACUUAGACUUUGUUACUUUUCCAUUUUCCCUGAAAACAAAAUCAUGGUGCAAAGCUCCAUAACACUAUUGAAAGCUCUUUUCUUUCUUACGAAAGACUAAUUGACAGAUCUGCCAACGAGAAAGACUUAAUAAUGAAUAAGUUUUCUAAAAAUCUAAUUAAAUAAAAAAAUAUACCUUUAUAUUUUCCUUUUUAAAUCAAUAC